UCGGGACAAUAGCUAGUUGGCAUAAUACACUAGCGCUACCAACUACGUACGCUGUGUAUCUGUGUACCAUUCAUUUGCAGUAGGUUUGAGCUGGGAUUGCUCAGUCGGUAUAACGGUGAUCGUGUUAUUUUGUAGAUUUUUAUACAUAAUAUUACACAUCAAAUUAGUUCUAGUUAUCUUGUUAAAUGUACGUCUUCGGGGUGAAUUUUAUAAUCUUAAUGUAAACUUCCAGGCGAGGAAUAUAUUUUACUCCAAAAUAACAGAAUGGAUGAACAAGCGUGUCCUCGGUGUAAGACUACAAAAUACAGAAACCCUUCACUGAAGCUUAUGGUGAACAUUUGUGGCCAUGCUUUAUGUGAAAGCUGUGUGGAUCUACUUUUCCUUAAGGGAUCUGGUUCUUGCCCUGAAUGUAAUGUACCAUUGCGGCGCAGCAAUUUUCGAGUUCAGCUCUUCGAAGACUCCAUGGUUGAAAAAGAAGUUGACAUAAGAAAAAGGGUUUUAAGAGAUUUUAACAAGAAAGAAGAAGAUUUCAGUACCUUACGAGAAUAUAAUGACUACUUGGAAGAAGUAGAAACUAUUGUAUAUAAUUUAACUAAUAAUGUAGAUGUUAUUGCAACCAAUAAAACAAUAGAGCAAUACAAGAAAGAAAAUAAAGACUUGAUUUUGAAAAAUAAGUCUAAAAUAGGGAGAGAAGAGAUGGAAUUGGAAGAACUCCUUGAGGAAGAAAAACAGCAAGAUGAAAUCAGAAAGAGAGAAUUAGUGAGAUUUGAACAAGAAGAGAAGAAGAAGAAGGUAAGGGUUAAAGAGGCUCUUAUUGACGAAUUAAUGUUUUCUAAUGCUGAUGCAAAAAAUAUUUUGGAAACAUUUGCAAAUAGUGUACAGACAACAAAGGAAGAAGUGAAGGUAGUUCCUGCCAUUAGAGCAACUCAGUUCUCUACAGGUAUCAAGUUUGGACGCCAAAGGCAACAGAAUUUCUUACCAGUGCCCAAAAUUGAGGAAGGACCUUUGUAUGUGUAUGAAGCUCCAAGACAACCAACUGAUGGCCCUUUACCACCUACCUGGGAAGAUCUUGAAGUAAAGGGCUACAUAAACCACAUGGAGAGUGAAAAGGAUGAACAUCGAGCUGGUGGAUACAGAUCCAAUAUUUCUUGCCUUCGAGCCCUGCAAGAAGCUUUAGCAGGUUUAUAUCACGUAUCAGAUAGAACAGAGCUUGUUAGUUGAUAGGUUUGUUAGCAAACAGAGCAAUGUUAUCAUAUUUGUUUCAUUAUUUUGGUUCACAUGUAUGUAAGGUAUGGACUAAAGAAUUUGAUGUGUUUUUGUUGUCCCUCACAAUGAAUGUUGAAUUUAUUGUGUAUGUGUAAUAGAGAAUUUUAUGUUCUGGAUAUUUGGAAUAUAGUAAAUCAGGCAUUAGUAUGCUUAAUUUAGAUCAUUAGUACCCAAAGUGGGGUGUACCACCCACUGAGGGGUGGUGGAAUUACGAAGGGGGUUGCUGGACAUGGGCCCAUCCGAGCACAUUGUUUGCUUAUUUAUGAUUGAAGUGACUUCUGAUGAAAGACCAGACAGUUGGAAACUGGCACCAGUUCAUCAUCCCAUACCUCACAUUAAGAAUGUAUUGACAGUGAAGUUACUAAAUGUGAAUCUUAUGUUAUUGUUAAUACUUGCCCUACUGGUUGUGCAAACUGCUGUUUUGAAGAAUGCUUUUUAUGAGGUAGGGCAGGGGAACGGGGGAUGAGUAUAUGGAACCAAGGGGGUGGUGGUCAGAAGCAUUUUUGGAACCACUGGUUAAUCACAGAGACAACAUUACCUUUACUUGUUGAUGAUAGGACCUAAGGCUGGAGUUCUGCUGAAAAUAGAUUAGAAGUCUAUAUUACUCUUGUGAACAUUGUGGUAAUGAACCUUCAGCUGUCAUGAAGGAUGGGGAAUUUGUUGACUUCAUGUGCAAAUAUUAGCUUCUCAAUAAAGAUUCUGUUCAAGUGG